AUGGGGAAUCAGUCCAGCAAGCUGACUUUGGAGGAGCAGAUGCGCGCCAAUAAACGCAUGAUAAACCGGGCCGUUAGGGAGCUCGAUCGGGAGAGGAUGGGGUUGCAAAGGAAUGAGCAAAAAUUAAUAACCGAUAUCAAACAAGCUGCUAAGAAGAAUCAGAUGGGACCAGUGAAAAUCAUGGCUAAGGAUUUGGUCAGAACUCGUCGAUACGAGUCGAAGUUUUUGGAAAUGAAGUCGCAUCUACAGGGUGUAAGUUUGAGGAUGCAGACUGUUAAAUCAACAGAGGCAAUGGCGAGGAGUAUGAAGGGAUGCACCCAGGCUAUGGCUCGUAUGAAUAAACAGCUUAAUCUACCCCAAUUACAAAAGAUAAUGCAGGAGUUCCAGGAUGAGACGGAGAAGAUGGGCUUGACUGAAGAGGUUAUGGGAGAUACCAUUGAUGAUGUCCUUGGUGAGGUUGGUGAUGAGGAAGAGGAGGAGGCCAUAGUGGGCCAGGUCUUGGAGGAGAUUGGUGUUGAUAUGAAUGAGGUCUUGGCUAAUGCUCCAGGAUCAGCCUUACCUGCUGGCCAGAAGACUUCGGUGGGAGUUGGCAAGAAGACUCAGCAACAGGCUGUCGCUGAGGGUGCGGCUGCUGCUACUGGCAAGCCAAAUGGUAGUAGGACAGACAACAAGAAGAACAACGGAGGAAAUGAUGAUGGUAGUAAUAAGGACGAGGACUUCUAG